AAAUAACCCGCAAAGGAUCAUGGUUAAGGAAGUGGAGCUUCCUGUUCCUGUUGCCUGAGAGCGCAACACAAAGAGGAAUCUAAAUAAAAAGGAGUGGGCGUGCUCGCAGGUAUAAAAACAUAUUCAAGCACGCUGCAGAAGUGGUCAGCAGGAACACCGAUUACAAUGAAUUUUUAAUGGUAUUUUACUCUCUGAGUAAAGUGGCAUAACAAUAAACUCAGUGCUUAUAUGUGCAGACAACUACCGAGGAUCAGCAAUCCAAAACAAUGAGUGGUGCAGGACAGUAACACGUCUUUGAUUUUAAAAGACAACAAUUCUCUCGAGCAAAACCCGAUCUGCUGCUCUUACAGUAUUGUCAGCUACUGUCCUACAACCCUAGCCACCACCCUUCCCUCUGUCAUUCACUACUAGCCUUCCGUCUUUCAAGAACGGCCACCCGGGAUAGGCGCCUUCAGCACUAAUAUGUUGAGAGGAAAGUGUUAAUUUCAGGCACCGCCUCCUUGAGGGCGGAGCUGUACGGAACUCCAUGGCACCGCUGCAGCUAUUACUGACAUCAAGGUGACAUCUUCAGUCCCAUCCAAGUCAUGUCUGUAGGCUCCAGUCUCAUCAGGAUGAACACCCUGUUUCGCCAACACCUUUUGACAUUCCUGGACCACCCCAAAUGCUCCAUCCAUGCCUCCUGUGCUGUGUUUGCUGGACACAACAAAUGGUCCAAAGUUAAAAAUAUUAAGGGUCCUAAGGAUUCAGCUCGGGCCCGUGUCUUCCAGAAGCUUGCUAUGUCAAUCCGGUUGGCUGUAAAAGAAGGAGGACCCAACCCAGAGUUGAACAGUAACUUAGCCAACAUUAUUGAACAAUGUCGGAGCAAGAGCAUGCCGAAAUCUUCCAUUGAAGCAGCAGUCGCUGGCGGGGACAAAACCAAAUCCUCUUACCUGCUCUAUGGAGUGCGAGGACCUGGUGGCUGUGCCCUACUUAUUGAAUUGUUGACCGACAAUACAAAAAGGUCCUUCCAUGAAAUCCGACAUCUUCUGAACCAGCAUGGGGGACUCCUUGUUGAUGGGGCUCAACAUAGUUUUGAGAAGAAGGGCGUUGUUGCAGUGAGCAGGGAGGACCGGUCUGGCAGCCCUGUCAGCUUGGACCGGGCACUUGAGUUGGCUAUCGAAGCUGGAGCUGAAGAUGUCCAGGAAGAGGAAGACGAGGAUGAGAAGGCAAUGCUGAAGUUUAUUUGCGCUGUGCCCACCUUGCGCCAGGUCCAUGAAAAGCUGGAGUUGCUGGGCCUCUGUUCGCUCUCUGCUGGCCUGGAGUUCAUUCCAACUGUCAGCACCCAGUUAUCCGACGAGGAGAUGGAUCGGGCAGCACAGCUCCUAGAGGCGCUCCGGGACUAUCUGGAUGUCAUUCGGGUGUAUGACAACAUUGCAUAGAUUGCCUAGCGUACCUCACUGAGACCCCCCCCUUUCGAAUGGGAGCUGCAGAAGACUUCUAUAAGCAGUGCCCUGUUGGCAGCCUUGCUGUGAUGUCAAAUCUAGAAUGCCUUUUCUAACAGUUAAAGUUGGCAGCCAUGGACGAUGGAGGUGUCUACUCCCCCCCCAUUGGACUUUUCUCUCAUAAUGGUUCUUUACCUGAAGGCAGGCCCACACUGUGCACGUUUUAAUGGGCUGUCAAGCGGGUGUGGACAAGGGGUGAAUGUUCUGGCAAGUUUGGACUCUGGCCCUGCAGCAUUAACUACAGAGGCCUGCAACCCCAUCCCUUCUGGAAGCUGCAGUGUUUCCUGUUGGAGUACAAGCACUGAAGUCAGGCUGACAUACUUUCACUCUUAUUAAUGACCCAGAAAUAGCAAAUGCAUUGAGAGUAUUCCUGAGCCAGUGGUGGCAUAGUUAUUGAAUGUCUCACUGCCCCUUUUUGACUUUACCCCCAACAAGUGGGGCAUCAGCUUCUCGCAUUUUCCCUCAGGCACUUUUGAAGUGGGUGCGAUUGCUCGGCAACCUAGCAAGUGCACAAACCUUUGAUAACAUCGUACGCUUUGUCAGACGCUCCCUUGGAAAUUCAUACUACGUGCAAACAGUUUGAGGGGAAAAACAGAUGUCAUGUUUUAAGUGUGGUGGAAGCUGUUUGAAAGCACACAUAUUUUCUGCUGUGAGACAUUUGUUAUCGGAGGUAGCAAAUGCGUUCAACAGGUCAUGAUUCAUCCUGAGCGCUGCCUGCCAUUUUGAGUGAACUAAUUAAAGUUUGUGUUUGCUGUA